AUGAUGCAUCCUCAAGUCUUCAUUUCAGGCCUCAUACUACUUCUCCCAGGUGCUGUGGAUUCUUCUGUAUCAGUGAAGGGGGUGGUGGGUCACCCUGUCACACUGCCAUGUACUUACUCAACAUCCCGAGGAAUCACUACCACUUGUUGGGGCCGAGGGGCAUGUCCAUCUUUUAAUUGUGGAAACACACUUAUCUGGACCAAUGGAUACCGUGUCACCUAUCGGAGUAGCAGUAGAUACCAGCUAAAGGGGCAUAUUUCGGGAGGAAACGUGUCCCUGACAAUAGAGAAUGCUGUUCAGAGUGACAGUGGUCUGUAUUGCUGUCGAGUGGAGAUCCCUGGAUGGUUCAAUGAUCAGACAGUGACCUUUUCGUUGGAAGUUAAACCAGAAAUUCCCACAAGUCCUCCAACAAGACCUACAACUACACGGAAACCCACAACUACAAGACCUACGACUAUUUCAGCAAGACCCACCCAUGUACCAACAUUACCCAGAAUCUCCACCUCUACUUCUACAACACCAACAUACACACAGACUCACACACCGGAACCCACUACAUUUUAUCGACAUCAGACAACAGCUGAGGUGACAGAAACCCCAUCCUACACUCUUGCAGAUUGGAAUUACACUGUGACAUCCUCAGACGACUUUUGUGAUAAUUACACUGAAUCGAUCCUUUCACAGGAGCGGCAGAAGAACACGACUUAUGGCUUCUAUGUGGGCAUCUCCAUGGCUGCCCUGCUGCUGCUGCUGUUUGUGUGCACCGUGGCUGUCACCAGGUACAUUCUUAUGAAAAAGAAGUCGGGGUCUUUAAGCUUGGUAGCAUUCCGUGUCUCUAAGAUGGGAGCUUUUCAAAACACAGCGAAUGUGAAGUCCAGAGCUGAAGACAAUGUCUACAUUAUUGAAGACAGUCUUUACCAUACAGAUUGA